UCUGUUUGGUCUGCAGGCUAGAGGCUGGCUCUUUCCUGAACACCAAGCUCCGUCCCCAGGGAGUCAUGGCUAUGUCCAGGGGCCGUCUCCAUCUUUGGAUGUACUUGGCUGCAGCGCUGGCAUCUUUCCUGGCAGGAUUUUUGGUGGGCUGGUUUAUUAAGCCUUUGAAAGAAACUACAACUUCACCAUCCUAUCAUCAAAGUACACGGUGGAAACUCGUAUCUGAGAUGAAAGCUGAAAAUAUCAAAUCAUUUCUUCGUUCUUUUACAAAGCUCCCUCAUCUGGCAGGAAGAGAACAAAAUUUACUUCUUGCCAAGAAAAUCCAAACCCAGUGGAAGAAAUUUGGACUGGAUUCAGCCAAGUUGGUUCAUUAUGAUGUUCUCCUCUCCUACCCUAAUGAGACAAAUGCCAACUAUAUAUCAAUCAUGGAUGAACAUGGAAUUGAGAUUUUCAAUACCUCCUAUUUUGAGCCGCCACCUGAUGGAUAUGAGAAUGUUACAAAUAUUGUUCCACCAUAUAACGCUUUCUCAGCCCAGGGCAUGCCAGAGGGAGAUCUUAUAUAUGUGAACUAUGCUCGUACUGAAGAUUUUUUCAAACUGGAGAGAGAGAUGAACAUCAAUUGCAGUGGAAAGAUUGUUAUUGCAAGAUAUGGAAAAAUCUUCAGAGGAAAUAAAGUUAAAAAUGCCAUGUUAGCAGGAGCCAUAGGAAUCAUCUUGUACUCAGAUCCAGCGGACUACUUUGCCCCUGCGGUACAGCCUUAUCCUAAAGGAUGGAACCUUCCUGGAACUGCAGUGCAGAGAGGGAAUGUGUUAAAUUUGAAUGGUGCUGGUGACCCACUCACUCCAGGCUAUCCAGCUAAAGAGUACACCUUUAGACUUGAUGUCAAAGAAGGAGUGGGAAUUCCCAAGAUCCCUGUACAUCCUAUUGGGUAUAAUGAUGCAGAAAUAUUACUACGCCACAUGGGAGGAAUUGCUGUACCCGAUGACAGCUGGAAGGGAAGUCUUAAUGUGGAUUAUAACAUUGGGCCUGGCUUUGCAGGGCAUGAUUCCUUCAGGAAGGUUAGAAUGCAUGUUCAUAACACCAAUAAAAUUACAAGGAUUUACAAUGUAAUUGGAACGAUCAGAGGAUCUGUGGAACCUGACAGGUAUGUUAUUCUAGGAGGUCAUCGGGACUCCUGGGUGUUUGGAGCUAUUGACCCAACCAGUGGAGCUGCUGUUUUGCAAGAAAUUGUCCAGAGUUUCGGAAAACUCAUGAGUGGAGGCUGGAGACCUAGAAGAACUAUCAUUUUUGCCAGCUGGGAUGCAGAAGAGUUUGGGCUGCUGGGAUCCACAGAAUGGGCUGAGGAGAAUGCAAAAACACUCCAGGAAAGAAGUGUUGCUUAUAUCAACUCAGAUUCAUCUAUAGAAGGCAAUUAUACUCUCAGAGUUGACUGUACACCCCUUCUUUACCAGUUGGUGUAUAAACUGACAAAAGAGAUCUCUAGCCCAGAUGAUGGUUUUGAGAGUAAAUCUCUUUAUGAAAGUUGGUUGGAAAAGGACCCUUCAUCUGAAAAUAUAAACUUUCCUAGAAUCAACAAACUGGGAUCUGGAAGUGAUUUUGAAGCUUAUUUCCAGAGACUUGGAAUUGCUUCAGGCAGAGCCCGUUACACUAAGAAUAGGAAAACAGAUAAAUACAGCAGCUACCCGGUAUACCACACGAUUUAUGAGACGUUUGAAUUAGUAGAGAAUUUUUAUGAUCCCACAUUUAAAAAACAGCUUUCUGUGGCUCAGUUACGAGGAGCACUGGUUUAUGAGCUUGCAGACUCUGAAAUCAUUCCUUUCAAUAUUGAAGACUAUGCAAAAGCUUUGAAAAAGUAUGCAUCAAGUAUCUACAAUUUAUCUAAGAAACAUGACCAACAACUGAGAGACCACGGAAUAUCAUUUGAUCCUUUAUUUUCUGCUGUGAAGAACUUCUCAGAUGCUGCUUCGGAUUUUCAUAGAAGACUUACACAAGUUAAUCUUAAUAAUCCCAUUGCACUGAGAAUCAUGAACGACCAACUGAUGCUCCUGGAGAGGGCAUUCAUCGAUCCCCUUGGUUUACCAGGGAGGCGGUUCUAUAGGCACAUCAUCUUUGCUCCAAGUAGCCACAACAAAUAUGCUGGAGAAUCAUUUCCUGGGAUCUAUGAUGCUAUGUUUGAUAUUGAAAACAAAGAAGACCCUCAUUCAGCCUGGACAGAAGUAAAGAAACACAUUUCUAUUGCAGCCUUUACAAUUCAAGCAGCAGCAGGGACUCUGACAGAAGUGUUAUAGUGAGGUCCCAGCCAAGUGGCUAGCCAUUUAAAGUGUUACUGAAAGUCUGAGGGUAAAACUCUUGUUUUCUGAUAAUUCAUGAUGCCAGAGUAUUCUAUAAUCUUGCUUUUCAUGUCAUGUUUUGACUUUAGACUUCCAUCCUGUC